CUAAAAGCUAAAUCCGAGAUGAUGACCUGCUGGUUUCUGCUAUUAUAAGAAACACAGACUUAAGCUUGGGUGCUACCAGAUCUAGACUGAAGCCCCCAAAAGUUAGAGCUCAGACCAAGCUCAAGAGAAAGAGGGGCCGGCCGAUGUCGCUUCCUCGAGGAAAGGGUAAUGGAGGGAAGCAUAUUACUGAAAUCAAGUUGUAUAAUGUUGGAUCUAAAACGGUGCUCUCAUGGUUGAUCCUAGCCGGGGUCAUUUCACUGAAUGAUGUCAUUCAAUAUCGGAACCCUAAGGAUGAUGUUAUCAUUAAAGACGGUUUUCUUUCCUGGGAUGGAAUAACCUGCAAUUGUUGCAACAAUGUGCUAUCAGUUUCUGAGUUUAAGAUUCCUGCUUGAAUCUUUACAUGGAAUCUGGUAAGCCUUUCACUAAAUGUCAGCUACAAGCAUGGUCUGCCGAGUACAAGACCAAAAAAAUGGGAUCCAGAAGGUGGAAGUUGUCGAAAAUGAUGAUUCCUGUGGUCUAGGUGGAGAUGGUGGUGAGCUGAUUUGUUGUGACAAUUGCCCUUCUACUUUUCAUCUAGCUUGCUUGUCUGUGCAGGAAUUACCUGAGGGUGAUUGGUAUUGCUCAAAUUGCACUUGUUGGAAAUGUGGGAAUUUUGUUAAUGAUGAAGAGGCUUCAAGUUUGUUUGGGGCAUUCAAAUGUUCCCAGUGUGAACACAAAUAUCAUAAAGAAUGCUUGAAUGAUGAAAGCCUGUCCAAAGAAAAGGUUUCUAAUUCUUGGCUUUGUGGGGAAAGCUGUGCGGAGCUAUACUCAGGUCUUAGUUCUCGUCUUGGGAUGAUUAAUCACCUCUUUGAUGGCUUUUCUUGGACACUUCUUAAAUGUAUUCACGAAGAUAAAAAAGUUUACUCCCCUCUGAGGCUUGCCCUGAAGGCAGAAUGCAACUCAAAAUUGGCUGUCGCUUUGUCUAUCAUGGAAGAAUGCUUUCAGUCCAUGGUUGAUCCAAGGACGGGUAGAUAUGAUACCCCAACUCUUGUACAGUUGGGGGUCGGAUUUUGCACGCCUUGAUUUUUUCGGAUUUUAUACUCUUGUCUUGGAGAAGGAUGACAUGUUGAUAUCUGUAGCAUGCAUCAGGAUCCAUGGGGUAACAGUAGCAGAGAUGCCUCUUACUGCCACUUGUGCUAACUAUAGUCGUCAAGGAAUGUGUCGACGGCUCAUGAAUGUCAUUGAAGGGUUGCUUAUCUCAUUCAAGGUUGAAAAGCUGGUUAUAACUGCAGUUCCGAAUUUAGUGGAAACGUGGACCAAUGCUUUUGGCUUCACGCCAGUGGAUGAUGAUGAAAGAAAAAUGCCAACAAAGAUCAACUUGAUGGUGUUUCCCGGAACUAUAUUGCUUAAGAAGACCUUGUAUCAAGAAUCUACUGAUUUAGUCAUUCACCCUGUAGUUGAUCUAUCCGUUAAUGAAGCCAAUGCCAAAACAGAAACUGAAAUUGUGAAUCUACAGUUGAUAUGAAGAAAAUCAAAAUCAUUUAUGCUGUUGGAGAGGAUCCUUGUGAAAAAACAACUUUGAGAGUUACAGAAACUACUGGCUUAGAUAUCCACACAAUGGGAGAGCCAGUCGAUGACCAUAAUUGUUGCUCGAACGAGCUGUAAGACAGGUUUAGAGUUGGGACAUGUCAAGAAACCCAAUUGGACUGCUCUUACAGUGACAAUGAAGCCGGUACCAAACCGAAAGCGGAGUUUGAGUAGCAAUGAGUAGAAAAAAGGCAAGUAGAAAGAAGAGUAUAGACAGUAGUUGACUUGAGUGGCAAGAAGGUAGUAGCUUGCAGGAACAAUUUUCAUAGAGCCAGAAUUUUUGGGCAUAGUUUGUAGUGGUUUGAGACAUUUUGAGUUUCUGUAGAACAAAAGCUGUAGAAGAAAGACUGAAUCUUGAUGUUUUAAGUAGCAA